GGAAGGAAAGGAAGCAGGGAGGCAAGAAAGGCACUGCGCAGCUGCGGUCUGGAGGCGGCGGCAGGAAUGGCGACCGUGGUGCUGAGCGAGGCGGAGAAGCUCUACAUCGUGCACGGCGUGCAGGAGGAUCUUCGUGUGGAUGGUCGUGGCUGUGAAGACUACAGAUGUGCAGAAGUAGAAACAGAUGUUGUAUCAAACACAAGCGGAUCUGCAAGAGUAAAGCUGGGAGACACUGAUGUCUUGGUAGGCAUAAAAGCUGAAAUGGGGACACCAAAGUUAGAGAAACCCGAUGAAGGAUACCUGGAAUUCUUUGUUGACUGUUCUUCAAACGCUACUCCUGAAUUGGAAGGCCGGGGAGGAGAAGAACUUGGCACAGAUAUAGCAAAUACACUCUACAGAGUAUUUAGCUGCGAGAACAGUGUAGACUUGAAAUCCCUUUGUAUUAAUCCCAGAGAGCACUGCUGGGUUCUCUAUGUUGAUGUGUUGUUAUUGGAAUGUGGUGGGAACAUCUUUGAUGCAAUCUCUAUCGCAGUGAAGGCAGCUCUCUUUAACACAAGAAUACCCAAAGUGCGUGUUCUGGAGGAUGAAGAAGGCACCAAAGAGAUAGAGCUGUCUGAUGACCCUUAUGAUUGUAUUCGACUUAAUGUAGAGGAAGUGCCCUGUAUUGUCACGCUAAGCAAAAUUGGAUAUAGGCAUGUGGUGGAUGCUACCCUUCAGGAAGAAGCCUGUUCUUUGGCAAGCCUGCUUAUUUCUGUGACCAGUAAAGGUGCCCUCACUUCUAUGAAGAAAGUGGGGAAAGGUAGCCUGGAUCCUGAGAGUAUUUUUGAAAUGAUGGAGACAGGACAAAGAGUAGGCAAGUCACUGCACAUAGCCCUUCAGAAGAUUUUGGAUGAAGAAGAGAGUUUGGGGACGUCACGGCCAAAAGUUGGAUUUCUAGGAUGAGAUUUUAUUAAAUGUUCAAAACUGUUUUUAAUUAA